CAUCCUGCAGCUGUCCUGUAUUUGAAGAAUGGCCAGGAGACGCAUUCAGAGAUCAAAGAGCGAGAACAUUUCACAGUUGUCCACACUGAGAUUUAAGUGCACAAAGUCCUCUGAGCUGCAGAAAUGAGGUGUCGAGGUGUUUUGAUUUUUUCUGCUCUCACUGCUGUGGCACUUUUAACAUGGCAAAUUAAAAACAGUUUCCUUGACAUACAUGAGGGGGUGAGAGUCAUGUUUGUGAGUUCACGAGGUACACAAAUCCAAACCCGUACAUCGGCACCCUCAGGGAGCUGUGACCUCUCCAUAAGCUGUCCAGCUGAUCAUUACUCUGUACAAAUCAGGAGCGGCAUGGCAAAUGUUUUGGGUCCUCGUAUCUGUUUUGAUGGUAAAAUCAUCAUGAGUCACGCGAUGAAUAACAUUGGACCAGGACUGAACAUUGUAGUGGUAAAUGGUGAAAAUGGUGCCGUGGAAAAGUUGGGGUAUCUUGACAUGAUAAAUGGAGUGGAAGCAGACAUUCUGGAGUACUUGCAGGCGAUUCAACCUGGAAAGAUUGUUUUGGUGGCUUCAUUUGACGAUGUGACACCAAAAAUGACAGAUGAAAUGAGGCGUGUCCUGGCUGGAAUGGGAAGCUCUUUGAUCAACUCCGUUCAACAGCGAGACAGCUGGGUGUUUGCUGGACAAGCAGGCGUAGACAAGAUGAGUCCUUUUGAAAUGCAAGUUGCUAACAAUGCCAAAGCCAAUGCUUUUGAGGGAUGGCCAGAGGCCGUGGAAGUCACAGGCUGCUUUCCCAAGAAUGUUCAACCAGCUGAUGGACAAAUGGUAACUGUGGAAAACUGACCUGGAGAAAAAGACAUUUCUUUUUAAAUUACAUUAAAAAAAAACAAAAAACUUGCCACUAAUUAUAUAUGGAAUAUGGGUUUUAAAUAGGGAAAAAAGUGUAAAAUGAGGUGAGACAAUCCAUGAAAUGUUUUAAACUGUUGACAGUUGUGCUAUAGCGCUAAUAUAUCAUCUGACACACUGUGGAUUUUGCAUAAUACCCUAAUCUGCUCCCAAUAUGCCAGUGCCUGGUCUCACCGGACUAAAUUAGCAGCAUUCACUGAGAGUUCUGGAAGGUGGGAAUUCAUUAUCUAACUUUCAUUCAAGAACAGCUCCCAAGCUAUUGUAGUUUGCGCUUUGUUGUGUUUCCUGUCAUUUAUUUAAAUAUUUUCAAACACUG